CUCCAUUGUUCGUUAAUUAAAGUCUCUUUUAAACUCGGAGUAAAGAAUGGUCAAGAAAACAAAAUUAAAUAAUGAGCGUUUGGAUAAAUAUUAUCAUAUGGCCAAAGAGCAGGGAUAUCGUUCCCGUGCUGCUUUCAAAUUGGUACAAUUGAAUAAGAAGUAUGAUUUUUUAGGAACUGCUAGAGUAAUGUUGGAUCUGUGUGCUGCUCCUGGAGGUUGGCUUCAAGUAGCUAAAAAGUUUAUGCCUGUCAACUCUACACUUGUUGGUGUUGAUCUUUGCCCUAUUAAAGCUAUUCCACACGUAACAACAAUUCAAGGAGAUAUCACAACUAAAAAGACAAUGACAAUGGUUAAAAACGUUUUGAGAGGACAAAAGUGUGAUGUUGUUCUUCACGAUGGUGCUCCAAACGUUGGUGCUAACUGGCUCAAAGAUGCCUUCUCACAAAGUGAAUUGUGUUUGUUUGCUUUAAAGAUGGCUACUGAAUUUUUGAAACCUGAAGGAUUGUUUAUUACCAAAGUCUUUCGUUCUAAAGAUUAUACAUCAUUAAUGUGGGUUUUGAAUCAAUUCUUUACAAAAGUAGAAGCAACUAAACCAAAAGCUUCAAGAGAUGCUUCUGCAGAAAUUUUCGUAGUAUGUUUUGGAUACAAAGCUCCAAAAGAAAUUGAUCCAAAAUUAUUUGAUGCUUCUUUAGUUUUCGAGGAUGUUGAAUCACAAAAGAAGAAAUUGAGACUUUCAUUCAAGGACUUAGCUCAACAACAAAAGAAACCAAACAGAGAAGGUUAUGAAGAAGGUAUGACUUUGCUCUAUAAGAAACGUAGUAUUGCAGAAUUCGUUGAAAGUGAUCAACCAAUCAAGUUUUUGGUUGACUAUAACGAACUUGAAUUUGAUGAAGCAUCACAAAUUUAUCUCAAUCACCCACUUACAACAAAAGAUAUAAUUGAAGCUUGUGAAGAUUUACGUGUUUUGGGUAAACCAGAUUUCAGAAUGUUGCUCAAAUGGAGAAAGAAUAUGAAGGAUUACAAGGAUGAAUUGGAUGCUGAUAACGAUGAAGAUAUUAUUGAACAAGAUGAAGAAGAUGAAGUUAUGGAACCAAUCCACGAAGAUAACGAAUUAUCAACAGGUAUUUCCAAUGAAAUGGAUAUUCCAUCUGAUGAAGAAGAAUUAGACGGAGAAUUGAAGGAAUUGAAGAAUAAGCAAACCAAAAUUGAAAAGAAGAAGGAAAAGAAGGUUAGAGAAAAGCAAAAGAAGCUUGCUAUCAAGGCUGCUGUUGAAAGACAAGAAGAUAUGCUCGAUACCAUUGAUGAUGGUUCUCUUUUCCGUAUGAAUGAUAUUUCAAGUAAGGAUAUGUUGGAUGCUGUUCUAGAUCCAUCACUUACCAGUAAAGUUUAUAAUGAAUAUUUGGAAAAGAAGGAAAAGACAAAGGAACAAUUAAAGAAGCAAAAGGAAGCCAUGGGUAGAAUUGAACUCGAUGAAGAAGAAGAAGAUGAUAUUUUGGAAGCUGAACUUGAUGCUUUAUAUCAACAACUCAUGGAUAAGAAGACAAGAAGAUUCAAGGCUAACAUUUUACAAACAAGAGACCUCAGAGAUCAAACUAAGAGUGAACUCUAUGAUGCCAUUCAAUAUGAAGAAGAAAAAUAUGGCGCUCCAAAUACUAAUCCACUUUUAAUUGAACAUAAGGAAUUGGGAUCCAAACAAACCAAAGCUAAUCAAUUCUUUGACCAACAAAAUAUUUUCAGCGUUUUGAUGGAAGAACAAACUGGUAACAGUGACGAUGAAGAUGAAAACGGUACUAGAACUAAGAGACGUAAACUUGGUAGAUUGGACAAUAUUACUGAAGAAGAAUUGGCUCAAGACUCAUCAGAUUCUGAAUCAGAAGGUGAAGAAGACGAUGAUGAUGGUGAUGCCAUUUCUGAAUUCAAGAGAAAAGCCAGUGAAGGUAAGAAACAAGAUGUUGGUGGAUUUGAAGUCAUGCCAAAGGAAAUGAAUGAUCCAGAAGUUAGAGCUACUGCUCUUGCUUUGGGUAAGAAGCUUUUGAGAAAGAAGGAACGUAGAGAAUUUAUUGAUAGUGCAUUCCAUAGAUAUGCUUUCAAUGAUGAAGAUGUUCCAGAUUGGUUAGCUGACGAUGAAGCCAAAUCAUAUAGAAAACAAGACCCAAUAACGAGAGAAGAAGCUGACGAAAUUAAACGAAAGAUGGCCGAAAUUGAUGCCAAGCCAAUUAAGGCUGUUCUUGAAGCUAAGAUUAGAAGAAAGAUCAGAGCCCAAAAGAAGAUCAAGAUGGUAAAGGAAAAGGCUGAUGUUAUUGCACAAAGUCAAGAAAUGACUCCACAAGAAAAGUCUAAGGAACUGAUGAAACUUUACAAGGAUGCCUCAGUGAAGACUCAAAGAAAGAAGGUCUACGUUGUUGCUGGUGGUAAGAAGAUUAUUGGUAAGAAGGCACCUGGCUCUAUUAUGAAGUUUGUAGAUAAUCGUACAAAGAAGGAUAAGAGAGCUACCGAUGCAAAGAAGAGAAAGAGAUAAUUUAUAUAAAAUACUUGUAAAUUUAAAAUGUUAAAAGAUCUCCAACAAUUUGAGCAGGACUUUCUACUUCUUCUUGUUCUUCCUUUGAAUUGAUAUCAACCAAUCCCAAGACUAAAUUGAUAGCUUUUUGUCUUUCACUAUCUUUAAAGUUGUUUAGGAAGUAUCGUUUAACAGAGUUGAAACCGUCGUUCAUUAAACCUUGUGCACUCUUUUGGAAUUUGAGAGCUUCAGUACCACUGUAUAAAACUGAAACUCUGUCACCAUUAUUAAUCCAGAAUGUUCUGAAUGUUUGAUCAAAAGCAGGAUAGUUUUCCAUCUUGUCAUCUCUUGAUUUAGUGAUACCCAUUCUGUACAAUUGUUCCAUCAUCAUGUAUUUAGCAAUAAAGGUUUCAAUAUAAUUGGUUCUGUCACAACAGUCAAUACAAUUGACACGGAAAACACCAUUUUGAAGUUCAUAUACUUUUACAUCCAUAGAGCUAUUUGAACUCAUAGCAAAUGGAUCAUCAAAUGAGGCAACAUUUGGAUUAGAAGUAUUGCCAAAUGAUUCUCCAAAAUCUAACAAGUUUGACUUUUGAGCUGCUGGUUGUUGAACAGGAACAGGUUGUUGUUGUUGAGCAAAGUUUGAUCCAAAAUCGUCAUCAAAUCCAGAUGUUGAACUAUUGGAUGGUGUUGUUUCAUCAUCCCAAGGGGUUGAAAGUAAAGGAGUGGAGUAUGUUCUACCUAAGAAUGUGAAAGCCUUUCCAUCAUCUGGUAACCACAUUCCUUCUUCCUUACUUUCUUGAAGUCUACAUG